UGUCCUUUUCCAUCGCGCCUGCCAUUGCGCGAGCUCUACAGUGCAGGGACUCCAUGCCGCCCAGAGCACCCGCUAAAAAUGCUGUGAUCAUUCGGGGCGGGCUACACUUCGCACCGUGCAUCAAUUCAACCUCAGUCGCUCACGACGGCAUCAAAAUUCCAGUGACAGCCACAGGGUGGCCAGAACGGCAUUCGGCCUAGACUUUGUUCUCGCCAAGCGCUUCUCCUAAGACAUCUUCCAUUACACAGUCUUCCACGGCUUCCAAGUCGGAAGCAGCCAAUCAAUUGGCUCCGACUAAUUAACCACCACCGAACCUCAGCCCAAAUCUGUUGAUGGACCCCAACAUGCAAGCCGUCGCCAUGGACACCCAGGACGAACCCGUUAAUGAUGAGACGGCGCAAGAAGGCGUCGCCGUGGAUGCGGUCCCAAAAGAGACGCGCAGUGGCCCAUCACCAUACAGCAAAGACGGCAGCAACUCGGCACCCCGAUUCUCGAUUCCCAAGAGGACCAUGGGCGCUGUCGAAAUUCCCAUGAUUGUCAUGAACCUGGAUCGGACAGAAAAGGCGUUUGGCAACGUCUCGUCUUUUCAGAAUAUCCUUGACAGUGAGCGCAACACAAUCCCAUUCUAUCUCAACCCAGAGAGCCCUUUCCGCAGGCCCAUCAUGUCUCACAGCGCUACGAGCCACAAUGUGGUCUUGAAGGUCACGGUUCCGAAGCGGACCGGCAGGAAAAGGAAGCGAGGGACGGACGGGCCGUGGGAAGGUGAAGUCGACAUGCGGGAUGUGCCCAGGGCCAGCCCGACAGCCGAGGCGAUUUACUCCAGGUCGAGGCUGGACAAUCCAAAGCUCUUGCGGCGGAAAAUGCGAGACAACAUCGACAGUUACGGUGUAGAAGCCGUCGGCGUCAUCAAACACACCCACCGCUUCCGAGGCAUGGCGGAUUUCCACUGGGGCCUCGAGCAGUCUCCUUUUAUUUCGAGGUUCAUGAACCAGGUCAUGCCUGGCGACAUCAACAAGAUGAGGGACUUCAAGUUCGUUGACGGCGUCGACAAGGGGCCAAACGUCGACAUCGUGCCGCCGCCUGUGUGGACGCCAAUGACGCUUCCCUUCAUCUAUAACUACUCCCAAAACCCAUAUGUCCGCACCGAGCUCGACCAGACAGGCCAGGCCCAGCUCAUCAACACCCAGUUGCCCACUCUCAUCGGCUACUUCCUCAAAGCAGACCAAUAUCCCAUUCCGCCUGGCCCGCAAACCCCUUACGACGGCUCCGACGAGGAGGUCACCUACUGCAUAGCCCGCAUGCUGGAGGCGAUGGAAGAGCGGCCCAUCUGGACGCGCCGGUCCCUGAUGAAUAAGCUCGGGUCCGUCGUCCGCAACGCCAACGUCAUGAAGCGCUGCGUCGGCUACGUCGGCUACCAAUUCCGGGGCGGGCCCUGGCGCGAUGCCAUCAUCAAGUACGGUGUCGACCCGCGCAACGAUCCCUCCUUCCGAACGUACCAGACAAUGAUCUUCAACAUGCGCAAGCUCCAGGCUGGACACAUUGGCGAGACAUGGCACGCUAUCCGCAGCCUGCGCACCGAACAGCGCCAGCCCCAGGGCGACAACCAUGAGUCCCACGUCUUUGACGGCAAGUCCUACUGGACCGACGGCAAGGUCUGGCAGAUUUGCGACAUUACGGAUCCCCUGAUUGCAAACAUCUUUGCCACGGCGCCGCAGCGGCCCGAGGUCGACAUCUACAACAGCGGCUGGUACCACCAGGGCACGUGGGCCAAGGUCAAGGGCAUCAUGAAGACCAAGAUGAUUGCGAUCCAGUUUGGGCGCAAGCUCACGGACGACGACUUUGCCGGCAUCUAUGAGGUGCGCGACACGACGCCGCCGCCGGGUUCCUCGAGCGUCCACGUGCCGCUGCCCGACCUCGAGCUCACAGACGCCGAGAAGCGCGUGCUGUACGGCCGGCGGUUCAAGGAGCCAAAGAAGAAGCGCAAGGGCACCGCGUACCGCGUCACUAAGUCUAACGGGCCGCGGGGUGUCGCUGCCGCCGCCGCCGCGGGGCGCAAGGCUGCCGGUAAGGAGGAUGAGCUCAGUGCGGAGGACAGUGAGGAGGACGACAGCGAGGAAGACAUUGACUAUGAUGGCGACGCAGAUUACGAACCCAAGAGGCGGGUCUUUGCACCCGUGCCUGGGCUUGAUGAGGGUAUGGAGGAGGAGGAGGAGGAGGGGCUGGAGGAGGGGCUGGAGGAGGAGUACGGUGACGAGGACGAUGAUGGAGAGGGCUACGGGUAUGACGACGACGGUGAGAGGUAUGAUGAGUACGAUGAGGGGCUCGUCGGAGAGCCAGUCGUCUAUGGUGGUGCUCGUGAGCGGCGCGGCGUUCGGUUUGCAGACCAGCCUGGCGAUACGGACGUGGAUGCGGCGUAUCCCUCGGAAGUCCUGCCUUGAUGUGAAUAGGAGUAUGUCAAUGUAAGUGAUUGUAAGCCCUCGGCCCAGAGAUGAUCACAGUGGCUUAGGUUUGGUUCACAGUUGAGGCAGAGAAGUCCUGGCAACGGGUCAUCCUGUAUUAUGCUGUUUACAAACUAGGCCGAAUCCCCCAUCUCGGAUAUAUUCCCAUGCCCAUG